UAAUGAUAGCAACUACAUAACUGCUAGAAUACAAAAAGCGAAGUCAUCAUUAGCUAUGUUCAGUAUAGGUCUGUGGUUGUGCCAGUAAAGAUGGAUUGUAUUGAGUUUUCAGUGAACGGACGGAAAUGUCGAGUGACCUCCUCCCUGCCUCGGGAGACGACCUUGAACGCCUACCUCCGCUACCACCUGUCUCUACCCGGAACCAAGUCUAUGUGUCAGGAGGGCGGCUGCGGCGCCUGUAUCGUGAGCGUGCGGGUCGCGGGGGCUAGCGAGGAUGUGGAGGUGUUUGCUGUUAAUUCUUGUCUAGUGCUAGUGUUCUCCUGCCAGGGCUGGGACAUCACGACGGUGGAGGGGUUGGGGAGCCGCGCGGGGGGGUACAGUCAGGUGCAGAAGCGGAUAGCCGCCUUCAACGGAUCCCAGUGCGGGUAUUGCACGCCUGGAUGGGUCAUGGCUCUUACGAGCCUGCUCGACAAGCAGCUUACAAUGGAAGAGCUAGAAAAGUCGUUCGGCAGCAAUACCUGUCGAUGCACAGGUUUUCGGCCAAUAUUGGACACAAUCAAGUCUUUUGCCAUAGAUGCCAGCCCAGAGCUGAAGACCAGGGUUGCAGCGAUCGAAGACAUUGAAGAUAUCUCGUAUUGUAAGAAAGCUAAUAGGAUAUGCGAGAGAAAAUGCUCUGAAGCUAGUAACGAUAGUGACUGGAGCAUUGUAUGUGCUCCGAAGGAGGUUCCUCGGAAUGCCAUAGAGUUGGAUUUCGGGAAGACGAAAUUUCAUAAGGUCUUUGAUGAGGAGCAUGUUUUCGAUAUUUUGAAGAGGGAGGGCUAUGAUUCGUAUAUGUUCGUCAGUGGGAAUACUGGGAAAGGUUUAUUAGAAAGCUAUGAAUACCCACGUAUAUUAAUAGACAUCAGUGAUGUCCGAUCACUAAAAGGGCAUAUAAUAGAUCAGAACCUAAUUAUUGGCGCAAACACUAGUUUAGAAGACGCUAUGGAAAUAUUUAAGGAAGUAAGCAGAAAGCCAGAAUUCGCUUACUUGGACGCAUUUGUUGAGCAUUUCGAGAAGAUAGCUCAUAUUCCAGUUAGAAAGAUCGGAUGCUUGGCUGGUAACUUGAUGAUGAAGAAGGCAGUUCCCACUUUUCAAUCUGACGUUUUCUUACUGUUCUCAUGCGUUAGAGCAACGGUCACUAUUCGUGAUGCCAAUGGUACAAGAAUUUCAGUGCCAAUUGUGCAGUUUCUGAAGUCUUCAACUGUAGCUAUGCUCCUGGUUAGCAUUGAGUUACCUCCCCUGAGUUCCAGACACAUAUUUAAGAGCUAUAAAAUAAUGCCAAGACACCAAAACGCGUUAGCUAUCGUCAAUUCAGCGUUUAUGCUGAAAAUAUCAGAUGCUGGUACUGAAAUUGAGACAGCCAGCAUAACUUAUGGAAACAUACGUCCUGAUUUCUAUCAAGCUUCCUACACUGAGGAGUUCCUGAAAGGGAAAGAUGCAUUUGAUAAUAAAACUCUACAGGGGUCCAUAAAACUGUUGAAUCAUGAGAUUCAGCCAGACGAUUGUCCCCCAGAAGCAUGCCCAGCAGCUAGAAAUAAAUUGGCUAUCGGUUUAUUUUAUAAGUUUAUCUUGAGCAUCUCUCCUCACAAUCUACUUCCUCCCUGCUAUAAAUCUGGAGGUGAACAUAUCAAAAGACCGCUGUCCCAAGGAAUUCAAGACUUCCAAACUGACCCUGCGUUGUAUCCUCUGAACCAGCCGGUCACAAAACUAGAAGCACAAAUACAGGCGUCAGGGGAGGCUCAAUACGUAAAUGAUAUACCACCGCUUCCGAGAGAGGUAUUCGGGGCAUUUGUGCUGUCGACUGUACAUAUUGGCGAAGUAGACCAUAUUGAUGCCUCGGAUGUUCUAGAAACAGAAGGAGUGGUAGCUUUGUACACACCGAAAGAUAUUCCUGGUUUAAACUCAUUUACCAAACCCGGCUUUCAACUCUUGACCGAAAACGAAGAGAUCCUAGCAACAAAAAUUAAAUACUACGGCCAACCCAUUGCCAUAAUAGUAGCAACCACAGCAGAAUUGGCUCAGAGAGAAGCAAAGAAAGUCCAAGUCACUUAUAAGAAUGUUAGUACAGAUGCUCCAGUUCUUACUAUUGAACAAGCGAAGAAGGAUAGUAAAAGAGUGUUUCCUAGUGAUGCUGCCAUUGGACCAGUUGGAAGAGGCACUAAUGUUCAGAAAGUUGUGAAAGGAGUGUUUGAACUUGAAGCACAAUACCAUUACUAUUUGGAACCUGUGACCUGUGUGGUGAUACCAGUCGAUAACGGUCUGGAAGUCUACGAUUCUACCCAAUGGAUCGACUUGACCCAGAUUUCGAUAGCCCAGUGUUUGAAAAUGAAUGAAAGCGAUAUCCAAGUGAAAGUGCGUCGUUUAGGAGGGGGGUUUGGGGGCAAAAUUACCCGCAACGCCCAAGUGGCGACCGCUUGCGCGCUUGUAGCAAAGAUCCUGGACACCCCUUGCAGAUUCAUCCUGCCUAUACAGACCAAUCUGACGAUUUGUGGAAAAAGAUUGCCUUGCCAGACCGAAUAUGAGGUUGGUGUCGAUAAAGAUGGUAAGAUCCAGUAUUUAGAAGCCAGCAUAUUUGAGGAUCAAGGCUGUUCCCGAAAUGAAGAUAUAUUAAGUUACACAGUAGAUGGCUUCCCUAAUUGUUACAACAAAGACUUUUGGAGGGUUAAAAGUGCUAAUGUUCUUACGGAUCUAUGUUCCAACACGUUUAUGAGAGCACCAGGUGACUUAGAAGGCAUAGCAACAAUAGAACAUAUAAUGGAGCAUAUAGCUUUCGAAGUAGAGAAAGAUCCGACCGAGGUUCGACUAGCAAACAUGCGGAAAGAAGACAACGAUAUACCAGAACUCAUAGAAAAGAUGAAAGUGUUAACGGAAUAUGAGAAGCGGUACCGAGCUAUUAAAGAAUACAACCAGACAAACCGAUGGAUGAAAAAGGCGAUCAAAAUCAACGUCAUGCUGUUUCCAGUAAUGUAUUACGGAAACUAUAGUGCCUUUGUAUCCAUUUACAGAGGCGACGGUACAGUGACCGUCUCGACAGGAGGAGUAGAAAUGGGACAAGGCAUCAACACAAAAGCCGCUCAAGUCUGUGGGUUCACUUUAGGAGUCCCUUUGCACUGUGUCUCUAUAAUUCCGAACCAUUCGUUUGUUUGCGCAAACAAUGUGUUUUCCGGUUCGAGUAUAACAAGCGAGAGCGUUUGCUAUUCAAUAAUUAAGGCUUGUGAGAUACUGAAAAAGCGUUUGGAGCCAGUGAGGCAGAAGCUGGUAAAUCCUUCUUGGUUGAAGUUGAUCCAGCAGGCCGGGGCUGAUCAAGUGGACUUGACGGCUGAGUAUAUGAUGAACGAUAUGGAACCAGAUUUAAAGUCUUAUAGCGCGUUUGCUGUGAACGUGAUAGAGACCCAAUUGGAUGUAUUGACGGGAAGGUUUGAGAUACUGAGAGCGGUUGUAAUGGAAGAUGUCGGAUUGAGUGCCAAUCCUCAGGUUGAUGUAGGUCAGGUGGAGGGAGCAUACAUUCAAGGCAUCGGGUACUAUACAAGUGAGAAGAUGGUGUAUGAUCUGAAGACCGGGAAGUUACUGACUAAUCGAUCUCUGAACUACCACGUGCCGCUAGCGAUGGACAUUCCCGCUGAUUUCAGAAUCAGUCUGCGAUACAACUCCAAGAAUCCUAAAGGAGUUUUGGGUUCCAAAGCGGUGGGAGAGAUGGGUGCGUGCACAGCAGUAGGAGUGAUAUUCGCGUUGAGGGAAUGUAUCCACGAGUCGAGGAAAGAUUCCGGAUAUGCACAUCAAUGGAUCGAUAUCGGUGUGCCCUUCGAUACGGCGUCCAUAUUAAAAGCGCUGGAUGUAAAAGAGGAAGAGUUUUUACUCACCAAAUGACCGGGUGGCUUCUACAAGUCUUCACAUUGUUGAGCCGACCCUUGUGAAUGUACUUAAUAUUACUUAUAUUGUAUAAAAACUAUGAAAGGACUCAAAGAUGUAGGAUUGCCUGAAAUAAAACAAAUUUUAAAUUA